GCCAGCCCAACACGCAUGUCUCCGGGGGAGAGGAUGCCAGACUGGUCGCUCGUCUCUGCGUUGUUAUGGAAACUGGCCUUUGGCACUGUCAAUUAUGGCAAAGCUUUGGAGAAGAGAACAAAACGCCCUUGUGUUCGGGAUCCUCGCUCUGAUUUGUGCUAUGCUUGCUGUCAGGACUGGUGCAGCACACAUACAGCCGCCUGUCCAAGAAGUGUGCGCUAGUCAGUGUGUAGCUACACCAGUGCAAAAUUCCACAGACGACUGCAUAAUAAAUCACGAUUGAUAAUUAAUCAUUCCUUUUUGUUUCUUUUAAAAUAAAACAACGAGAGCACAUGCAAAGAAACAUGAUUUGCACUUGACGGGCUUAGUGAUGAGUGAAACAAGACAGUGAUGAUAGCGUAAACUAGUUUAACACUUGUAUCUCUGUCAGCACGUUACUGAAUUACAUUAUAUUGUAAUAAUGUACAACACCACAGGUAUGCUUCCCUUCCGCACUACUAUGACACAGCUCUAACGGCCGGAGGCAUGCUCCCGCGACUAGUCUCUACGAGGGAUCACAUCUGUCUGGUGCUGAAGGGACAGCGCCCUUUACCAGCCGUUGGCCGUGACGCAGCAAACCAUCAAAGGUGUACGGAGCCAUUUGGAACAAGGGCUACUUCAACUUCCAUUCACUGCAUUAAUAAAGACAAGUAAUGUUUAAAACCCACACUGCUGUUGUUAUUUACUCAAACAUACUAUUCACGAUGAAUAUGAACUUUUAUCUAAGUGUUCAAGGUUUUGGCUGCUUAUGCACUUAUUCAUCCUGUUUGCUAUGAAGACGUCAUUCUCGGGGCGUAUUUUCCCGAUCGGAUGAAUUGGCAAAUGAUCCAAGAGACGAACGGGAGAGCCCUGAAUUGUCCGUGUCAUUUUCCGCCACUCUCUAACUGCAGCACCUCCGGAGAGAUCCGCCGCUCCCACUCUACCUCUCCAGCGCGCCUGAGUGGGAGUCUAUUCUACGGUAGACUACAGCUCCUCCUGCCUCAGCUGUUCAUACACGCUAGAUUUAACAGAAGGGUAGCCUAGAUCCAUCCUCAUUAGUGUAAGACGAUCUAUUCUCCCAGAGAAGCAGAGACGCAUAUUGAUGUUCACGCGUUGAGAGAAGGAUCACCUGCAUUCACCGGAAAGGCGGUGGUGGCUCUGACUUGCAUCUUACGUGACCAGCCUUUUUCUCCCCAGAAGAACAGCCAUUCUCUCUCUUUCUCCUCACAAUGGCCGCUCCCGAGGAUGUACCAGCUUUCUUCAAGAACAUGGGCUCGGGCAGCCCCAAGCCACGCCAGAAAUUCUGUGGGAUGUUCUGCCCCGUGGAGGGCUCGAGCGAUAGCAAAACCCUGGAUUUUGAUUCCCUGUCCACGAGCAAAUCAGCCCAACCCGGCGGCCGGGUGAUUGAGAAGCAGGGAGAUAUCUCUCGACCCAAAGUAGAGAUCCGCCACAGCACCGGCAAGGAAGCACUGCAAAACCUCAACGAUAAGAGCGAUCGUCUCCUGAUCAAGGGAGCAAAGAUUGUGAACGAUGACCAGUCUUUCUUCGCUGAUGUCUACAUAGAGGAUGGCCUCAUCAAGCAGAUUGGGGAGAACCUGAUUGUCCCUGGUGGGGUGAAGACCAUCGAUGCCCACGGCCGCAUGCUGAUGCCAGGGGGAAUCGAUGUGCACACACGCUUCCAGAUGCCUGACCGAGGCAUGACCGCAGCUGAUGACUUCUACCAGGGCACCCGUGCCGCCCUGGCUGGGGGCACCACAAUGAUCAUCGACCAUGUUGUUCCAGAGCCUGGUGCUAGCCUGCUGUCAGCCUUUGAGCAGUGGCGUCAGUGGGCGGACAGUAAGUCCUGCUGUGACUACUCCCUCCAUGUGGACAUCACAGAGUGGCACAAGGGCAUCCAGGAGGACAUGGAGACGCUCAUCAAAGACCACGGAGUCAACUCCUUCCUGGUCUACCUGGCUUAUAAGGACAUCUUCCAGCUCACUGACUCUCAGGUGUACGAGGUGUUCAGCACGAUCCGUGACCUGGGAGCCAUUGCUCAGGUCCAUGCUGAGAAUGGAGACAUCAUCGCUGAGGAGCAGCAGCGUAUCCUGUCUCUGGGAAUCACAGGUCCAGAAGGGCACGUGCUCAGCCGCCCAGAGGAGGUGGAGGCGGAGGCAGUGAACCGCUCGGUGACCAUAGCCAAUCAGACCAACUGCCCCCUCUACAUCACCAAGGUGAUGAGCAGGAGUGCUGCUGAUGUCAUCGCCCAGGCCAGGAAGAAAGGCACCGUUGUGUACGGAGAGCCAAUUACAGCCAGUCUUGGCACGGACGGCUCGCACUAUUGGAGCAAGAACUGGGCAAAGGCGGCGGCUUUCGUGACGUCUCCUCCCCUGAGCCCUGACCCCACAACCCCAGACUAUCUCAACUCUCUCUUGUCCUGUGGUGAUCUGCAGGUAACUGGCAGUGCCCACUGCACCUUUAACACUACCCAGCGCGCCGUGGGCAAAGACGACUUCAGCCUCAUCCCUGAGGGCACCAACGGCACCGAGGAGAGAAUGUCCAUUAUUUGGGAUAAGUGUGUGGUGACAGGGAAGAUGGAUGAGAACCAGUUUGUGGGGGUCACCAGCACCAACGCUGCCAAGAUCUUCAACCUGUACCCCCGCAAGGGGCGCAUCGCCGUGGGCUCUGAUGCUGACCUCGUGCUCUGGGACCCCGACAUCACCAAGAUCAUAUCCGCCAAGACCCACAACUCUGAGGUGGAGUAUAACAUCUUUGAGGGUCUGGAGGUGCGUGGCGGGCCCCUGGUGGUGAUCAGCCAGGGCAAGAUGGUCCUGGAGGAGGGAACCCUCCACACCACUGAGGGCUCAGGACGCUUUGUCUCCCGCAAGCCCUUCCCUGACUACGUCUACAAGAGGAUAAAGGCUCGCAGCAGGCUGGCUGAGCUGAGGGGUGUUCCCCGUGGCCUGUAUGACGGACCAGUGUGUGAGGUGUCCGUCACCCCAAAGACAUUGACCCCCGCGUCCUCUGCCAAGAACUCUCCUGCCAAGCAGCCAUCUCAGCCUGUCCGUAACCUGCACCAGUCUGGCUUCAGCCUCUCUGGCGCUCAGUUUGAUGACAACAUCCCCCGACGCUCCACCCAGCGCAUCGUAGCUCCGCCCGGGGGCAGGGCCAACAUCACCAGCCUGGGUUAAGCCCCGCCCAUACACGACAGAGGAGGAGGUUUGGGGAGGGGGGUCACAAGGAGACAGGGGUGCUAGCCAUGACAUCACACCCCCACCCCCACCUUAUGAGCCAAAUCCUCCGGAGGGCAUCCAUGUCCUCACCUUUACCUCUCCCUGCACCCCCUACAACACCCCACCCCCCACCAAUCUCCUCUUCCCUCUUUCCUCCUAACCCCCUCCCUUAUCCCCCCACCCCACAGGAGACCUUAAGAAAACCACAUAUUUGCCUCGUGAAGGAAAAAAUGGAUAAAAACUAAAACAACACUUUAUGUUUGAGCACAUGUGAUUGUAUGAUUUAGUGUUUUAUACUGUACUUUCUAUAAUUUUUUUAUUUAAAGUUCAUUUAAAAAUGAAGAGAGCGUUUUUUGUGUUUGCCAGAGCGGGGCAGCUGAAGUGUGGGGGCGCCUUGGUCUACCGUCCUCCUCUUGUGUUUUAGGGAGACGGCCAUUGGCAGUGCCUCAUCCACACUGCCCCACGUCAUAGCCUCUGUCACACCCGUAUGCCUCAUGGAUUCAUUCCAGAUGCCACAGGAGUCAGGACCGGUACGGUUCUGGCCCAGAUGCCACAGGAGUCAGGCCCGGUACAGUUCUGGCCCAGAUCCUCUGCACCCACACAGGGUCUGACCCAGAUCUGUUUUAGAGUCAGCUGCUGUCCUAGUCGAGUUCUUGAGUUCUUAUUGAGAGGAUUUUUGACUUCUGUUUGGGAUGGUGUUUGUCCUAGUUGUGUUCUGAUUCGGACAGUACUUUCCCAGUUGAGUUCUGAUUGGGAGGGUUUAAAUGUCCUAGUUAAGUUCUCAUUGGGAUGGUACUUUCCCAGUUGAGUUCUGAUUGGGAUGGUUUUUGUCCUAGUUGAGUUCUGAUUGGGACAGUACUUUCCGAGUUGAGUUUUGAUUGGAACAGUACUUUUCUAGUUGAGUUCUGAUUGGGACAGUACUUUCCCAGUUGAGUUAUGAUUGAGUUGCUGAGCGCUCUGCUCUUUGCCUCUUAUCAAUGGCAUUGAUGUGUGUGUUGGUGAGAAUGACAGGUAAGGGACAGAAUGCUCUGAUUUCCAUCUCACUUCGAUGCCAUCCGUCACCCUCACACCCACAGGUGGAUUCCCCAUCUCACGUCCACCCUGUGCAGUGUAUAAAGUAGUUUGCAAAGUUACCAUAAAGUUGAAAAUAUGACUUAUGUAGUACAAUCACAUUUUCAUUUAAGAAUAAAGAUUUUUUUAAAGAAAGUGAAAUAGAAUCAAGAUGUGCUUUUGGAAGCUUUAGAAUGUGUGUUCAAGUGAUGUGAGUGAGUUGGAAAAUGUUGGACAUCUCUUUGAGCCUGUGUUUAUAAGAACUCCACCUGUUGCUUCUCCUUGACCAGAUGUACCUGUAUGAGAAGCCACAGGCUGACGAUGCUACUGGCUGAAGCACCAGGCCUGUGUGGAAGCUGAAUCAUGAACUGAUGAUGUUAGUGGGGUUGUGAUCUGAAGUCAUCUGAUUAUAACUGGUAGUUGUUGGUGUGGUUGAAGGUUGAAGGCUGAAGCGGUCUUACUAACUGUUAGGGUUAGAAGAGUUUUAGAGCUUUAAUGAAAGCUAAAUGAGGAACUGGUUGUCUUAGAGAAGGUGAAGACCAAGACUAGCCCUUAAUAGAUCUGUGGCUGAGUUUAUGACGAGAGAGAUAAAGAGAACUACAGAAAGAAAGAGUGAUAGAGAGAUUUGUAGCGAUAGAGGCAGGAAGUGAAACAUUUCUUGACAACUGUCAAAGGGGAAAAGCAUUAGCAUGGUCACCUCAUCAUUCUCUAGUCUCUGCAGGUUGUCGAGAGUGAGGGUCUGUCCCUUGACCGACUGAUUGACUGCAGCAGCUCUCCUUUGCUGUUAAAUGUAACGGUCAUGCUAAUGCUAAUGCUAAUGCUAGUCUCCCCUAUGAAGCUCAGUGUUAGUCCUGCUUUUCCUCCCAUGUUAGAACUAUAUCUGAAACACCUGCACAAGUGUUUUUGUCUGUUUAGCCUUGUGUAUUGAGCGAGCUGGUGUACAUGUUUUUAUAUCUUGUUCUAAUUGAGAGUAGAAAGGGCUGCCCAGUUGAGGUGUUGAAUAGCAGUUGUUAACCGAUCCAAAGGUGCCAGUUUGUGUGUUAUUGAUGCUCUGCAGUGUUGUUCUCUGAUGAGACGGCUAAGGGCUCACUGUGGUGUUAAUGCAUGUUGAUAUGUCAUUUUGAGUAAUGUACUCGAACUUCCGUGCCAUGUUCCUUCUGAAGUGGAGAGCCUGUGAGUUAGAGUUGGGUUCUCCUUGGCCAGCGCUCACACGUUUAACACACUCUGUUUUUCAUUUCACAACAUGACUGUGUCAUGCUUGUUUUUCUUCCUCUCCUUCCUCCUUUAUUCCUAAAGCCUGACAGAUAUGCCAUGGCCUAUCCCUGUCACGAUUGUCUCGACACACGACAGCUUUUGUUCUAGAUAGCAGCCGGUUCUGACUUUGUUCUGGCCUGGUUCUAACACAGAACCACUCUCUGGGUCUUUGCAGAAAGAGUGGAUUUUGAGAGAGAGAGAGAGAGAGAGAGAGAGAGAGAACACAUGGAGCUCCCCACAAGAUCUAGAACAGACAUUAGGAAGGCUACAGCUCUUAGCAUCAGGCUGAUGAGUCUCCGCCCUCCUCAUGGUCUCCUCUCGCAGGAUGGACAGGAGCACAGUAGCCUUCUCCAGAGCACCGAGGAGUGAGUUUACAUCUGUCAGAGAGCUCCUGUGUAGGUUAGACAUCCAACUUCCUGCCGAGUGCUCCGGAAUAGGAUUCAGACAUCUUGGCUCCAGCGCCAUGGUCCCUCACACACCUCUCAGCUUCCCUGUGACUCCUCAUAUUUUUGCACUCAUCCUUUCCUUGACUAUUAUUAUAGUUACUUUAUUCAUGUUUUUACUUUCCCUUCUACUUCUAGCGUUGUAUUGUCAUUUUCAACCUGAGCUCCCUACGCCAGAGGCGGACUGGAGCCAAUGCUUUGGUGUGUUUUUUUUUUUAGCAUGAGUCUCCGUUGUGCAUGCUUGCUGUUGGAAUGCACAUCUGUCAAACGGAGGAUGACGCCGCCCUCCAUGAGUCAUCCUUCCUCUUCCUUUCAGCCGCUAGACUGGGAACUUGGCAGGAGACAAAGCCCAAGUUCUCCUGAGUAUUUCUCUGUUCUCUUUGUGCACCUUUCUCUUCCUCUCUUUUUUUCCCCCCAUCUCUCUCUCUCUCUGACUCAGUCCCCAAGGCUCUCACGUCGUCCAAUCACUUGUGGCCCCCUUUCUUUAUUUGUCGUGGCAACGCUUUUCAAAUCAGAUGUUGCCCAUAGCAACCUUUCUGGCCCUGGUGCUAAUAGAAACACAGUGCGAUUGGAAGGUAUGUUGUAUAAAUGUACACUCACCCACGGACACUCAGACACUUCAGUCAUAGCCUCUAGAGGCCACUCAGUGAUAGUCUGUCUUAAACUCUUCCAUGUUCCAGUGAUUGUAUAUUCUCUCUGCUUUCGGGUCCAAACGCAUCUGGCAUAUUGGGUGGGGUUGAAGUGUGCUUUUUACCCACAGUCACACAUUGGCCUUGUGUGUGUGUGUGUGUGUGUGUGUGUGUGUGUGUGUGUGUGUGUGUGUCGCUGCGAGGCUGCCUGAGAAAGGGGCAGUGCCCUGCAAACACCACACCGCAGGGUCACUCAGUCCUGCCACACGCCCGGGAGCUGUGGGCCAUCACACAUGCCUUAAGCAGCACUUCACUACCCUCCAGACAGAUGUCAACCACUCAUAUGACGCGUGUCCUACAAACACAUGCAGACACACACACACCACCACACACAGGCUUACACAUACAAACACAUAGUUUGAGGCUUAUACACUAAGACACACACACACUCACACACUCCUCUUUGCUUGGAUGUUUUUCUAUGCCUCUCCAAUAUGUGCUGUAUGUUAAUGUGCAGAUUGAGAAGAAAUAAGCUUUCAGUGUGAGGUUGCUUAUGCUGUACCCCCUCUCCCUCCUCCCUGCACCCCCCACCCCCACCCUCACCCAUCCCUGCCUUGGUAGAAUUGAAGCUGUUUGAUGGUGUUGUUUUGUUGGCUAUGGAGUGCAAGGAUGCUUGAUCUCUGUGACAUGUACUGAGUCUUAUGGAUGGCCAUAUAAAGAUGAUUUCAAAGAAGCGAAAAAUUAAAGCGAAACAUGAUACCCUGA